AUGGCUGCGAUGGCAAGUUCGAGUAAACAAAAAUUAAAGUCUGGAGAACAGUUUGAGAAGUUAGAACUUAAUGAAUGGCUAUGGGCACAGUGUCAUACAAUGGGACUUCGUCAGCCCACUCCAAUUCAAGUCAACUGUAUUCCACCAAUUUUAGAAGGGAGGGACUGUAUUGGUUGUGCUAAAACAGGAAGUGGCAAGACAGCAGCAUUUGCUUUACCAGUUCUACAAAAACUUUCAGAGGACCCUUUUGGCAUUUUUGCAUUGGUAUUGACUCCAACAAGAGAGUUGGCCUUCCAGAUAGCAGAGCAGUUUAAUGUCCUUGGUAAACCAAUCAAUGUCAGAGUUACUGUCAUCACAGGAGGACUGGACAUGAUGCAGCAGGGUAUUGAUCUACAGGUAAAACCCCAUAUAGUGAUUUCCACACCUGGACGAUUGGCUGACCACCUACAGAGCUGUGAUACAUUCAGCUUACGCAAAAUCAAGUUUCUGGUAUUAGAUGAGGCAGAUCGUUUGAUUGAAGAUGAUUUUGGAGAGCAGCUAGAGACUAUAUUUAAAGUUCUCCCCAAAAAGAGACAAACACUUCUGUUUAGUGCUACAAUGACAAAACAUCUGAAAGAUUUACAGGAUGUGGCAAUGAACAAACCUUUCUUCUGGCAACAAAAAUCAGAGGUAGCUACUGUUGAGGGUUUGAAGCAGUACUAUGUCUUGAUGCCAGCAGAUAUUAAAGAUGCCUACCUUAUACACAUCCUGGACAAGUAUACAGAGGCUAACAAGAAAAGUUCUAUUAUGAUCUUUACCAACACAUGCAAAUACACCCAGAUUUUAGGAAUGAUCUGUACACAGCUGGGCCUUCCUUGUGUAGUUUUACACUCGAUGAUUAGACAGAAGGAGAGAUUAGCUGCAUUGGCUAAAUUUAAAUCUAACCAGAUCAACAUUCUAAUUGCUACUGAUGUAGCCAGCAGAGGUUUGGACAUUCCCACAGUGGACCUGAUUAUCAAUCACAAUGUUCCUAACAAACCGAAGGAUUAUGUACACCGUGUGGGACGUACAGCCAGGGCAGGUCGUCAUGGAACAGCUAUUACCUUGGUAACCCAGUUUGAUGUCAAGCUAGUUCAUGCCAUUGAGGAGUUUGUCAAUUCCAAAAUGGAUGAGUAUGAUACUAAGGAAAAAGAAGUAAUGAAAAUUUUGGUAGAAGUUGCUACUGCAAAACGAGAGGCAGAGAUUAGAUUGGAUGAAAGAGACUUUGGGGUCCAAAAGGAGAUCAACAAAAGGAAGAGACUGCUGAUGGAAGGAAAGGAUCCAGAUGAAGAGGCCAGAAAGAAACAGAAAUACAUCAAGGCAAAAAAUCUAGAAAGAAAGAAGAAAAGGAAAGAGAAACAUGAACAAAAGACUUGAUCAAAAGGUUUAAAUCCUUUGGAAGAAAAUUGGUGCAAUAUUAGAAUGUUACAAGUUGUGAGCUAACUGUGAUUUCAGAAGCGUAAAAUGAACUACUGUCAACUGUCAAUGUCUCAAAGAUCAUGUCAGAGCUGUCAAAAAAACUUCAUGUACUUGUAACCUUCAUGUAGAUGAACCUUGUAUAUGAGAGUUCAAGGUAUGAAACUUAAGUCAAUAUUUUAUAUUAUUAUAUGAUUGAAUAAUUCCCAUCUCUCUGAUUGGCUGAGAUCCAACAAUGUUAGAAAAAUUCUAUGUUACAUUGACCUGCAUGUGAUCUUCCAGGUCAAUAUAAGGAAUUAUUUCCAGGUCAAUAUAAGGAAUUAUUUAUUCUACAUUGGACCAAAAAUAGAUAAUCAUAUAAUAAAACAAUUAUUGCUGUUUUUUGAGGUCAAUACGAUGAUUUAGACACUUUCGGGCUCGGUGAAUAUUGUACUCCUCAGGUGUUUAAAUCAUCGUAUUGACCUAAAAAAAAAACAGCAAUAAUUGUAUAAGAUCAUGACUGACUUUAUAUAUACAUAUCCAAGAUAUAAGACAUCAAAUGCUUGAGAUAAAAGUUCAACAAUAUUUUUGAAAUAUGAAUGUGUAAUGUUAUGUAUAAGGCUAUGUGUUAGGGCUGACAGUAAUGUAAGCUUUGUGUACAGUGUACAUUUAUUGAUAUUAAUUGUAAGCUGUGUGGAUUGACAGAAGUGUAAUGUUUGCUGUGUGUAUGAACAUGUAAGCUAUGUAUAACUUAGUGUAAUGUUAGGUAAAUUUAUAGUAAUGUAAGCUUUAUGUACGUUGUACAAUUAUUGAUAUUAAUUGUAAGCUGUAUGGAUUGACAGAAGUGUAAUGUUUGCUGUGUGUAUGAACAUGUGUAACAACUUAGUGUAAUGUUAGCAAAAUUUAUAGUAAUGUAAGCUUUAUGUAAAAGUGAGUGUAAGAUAUGUUGUAGGAUACAAGUGUAAUGUGAGCAGGAGUGUAAUGUAAACUUAAAUAUGUAAUAACUGCUAUUUAAGCUACUGUAAAUUUAACUUACAGAAUUUUUGAAGUUGGGGACUGUUUAUGCCAUACAUCAUGGAAAAGAUGUAUUCAUAUGCUGCAUAGAAAUUUCUUUUUCAAUAGUUUUAGACACACAAGUUGUUUAUUUUAAAUUUUCGGAAUAUUUAAUUUGAAAGGGAAUGAUAAUAAUAUAUUCUUUUUUUUUUUUUUUUUUUUUUGAUAUUCAUUGAAUGAGUUUUGCAGUGUAAUCAUUCAGGGUACAUUACAUGUUCAUUUCUCUGAAACAAUCAGAAAUAAAAGUUAUAAAUAACACA